AUGUGUAGCACAUGUAAGCAAGUAUUCGGCUCGUCAUGGCUUCUCAUACAACACGUACAGAACCUGCACGGCCUCAAGAUAUACGUGGAUAUCUUCAAUAGUGAGCCAUCGAUAUUGCCUCCCAUUGACGGCCAUCACUCGCACCAUCACUCCCAGAGCCACAACCAGUCUCGCAGUGGAUCGAGUGGUGGCCACACAUCGAGUCAAUCGCUGGGAAGCAAUAACAUGAGUGCUUCGCAUCACUCGGCGCUACAACUCUUGCGAAUGCCGUUAAGUGAGCGCCAAUUCCCGGUCCAAUCGUUCAUCGCCGCCGCCGCCGCUGCAGCCGCCGGACGAGCCAGUGGUGGCACCGGUGGUCACGGCACUAGUCAUUCAGAGAUGUUCACCGGUUCUAAUGUCUCGUCAACUCUGAACCAUUCGGUGUCCGGAAUGUUCUCCGACGCCCACAACCUCUUCGGAACCAGUGCUCCGCCGGACUCGACCUCAACAGUCAAGAACUCUCCCGGAAGUUCGGCGAGGCAUCAGAGCAAUACAUGUCUGGCAUUACCGCCGCCGCCCUCUCUCUCAUUUGACACUCACCUCGACUUCUAUUCGCAACGAUUGCGUCAAUUAGCCGGAGCCACGAGUCCGGCCGCCGGCACCACCUCUACAUCGCCCGGCAGAAAGUUAACGCCCCCUUCGUAUCUACAAAUGUCUUCCUCUAACACAAGAACUUCGCCCACAAUAUCAAUGACAACGUCGACAAUCGCAUUGUCCGAUCGGUCGGCCACACCGACAGCAUUACUGAAUCCCUCGAGUCCUAAAUCAAAGUCAUGUGAAUUCUGUGGCAAAUCAUUCAGAUUUAUGAGUAAUCUUAUAGUUCACAGACGUUCUCAUACGGGAGAAAAGCCCUUCAAAUGCCAUAUCUGUAACCACGCGUGCACUCAGGCCUCCAAACUCAAGAGACAUAUGAAGACACAUCUCAGAGAACGCAAUAAUAUCUCCAACUCUGCGCUCAAUCUAAACAACUCUCACAUGAAUUGCUCGGAAAACACCACAGAUUCGGGCAAUUCUGCGCCCGACUCGUCCACCCCUUCCUCUAAAAACCACUUAAGUCUUCCGACCACUACCACAACCAACGGCGGAGAUAUUGAUCUCUUGGAUGACGACGAAGAUAUCGAUGACGACGAAGACAUUGAGGACGAGGACGAAGAGAUCGAUGAAGAAGGCAAUGAAGGAGAAGACGGUGACAAUGGAGACAACUCUCGGACGUCUAGUGUUGAGAUGGUAGCCGAAGACUUGUCGCGCACAACAGGAAACACGAAUGGAAAGGUGGGCACUGAUAGCAAUAGUCCCUCCACUGUGUCGACUGUGGCCACCCGUACCUCAAGUGCAAUGCAAUCACUUUUGGGUGAAGUGAUGGAAAAGAUAGGCUUAACAGACAUUCAGCAGUACAACGAAGCUUACAAACAGGCCCUCGAAGAGAGUGUCAAGACAGUGGUGGGGUCUGUAGGGUCUGUAAGCACCGGUGGUUCUGUGAAACUGGAACGACCCUCUUCUUCAUCGAGUCAUUUGUCUUCAUCAGAACAUCAUAACCACAACACCAGUGGUUUGCAUAUAAAUAAUAUCCUAAAGCACUCGAAGUCCCAUUCGUCACACCAUUCGCAUCAUUCACACCAUUCAUCCCAUUCGGCUGCCAGUCCUCAUCGCCAGAGUUUUAACGAAUUGGUGGCCGGAAUCGGGAAUUCAGUCAUGACUUCUGGAGGGAAUGCAGGGAUCAGUCCUGCCAGCAGUCUAUUGAGCAGUGCCUUCGAUCAUCACAACCCUUUCGAUCCGAAACGUCUGAAACUAGACUUCAAUGCGGCGUCCGAUCAAAGAGACCCACUCUAUGCCGGUCUAUGGCUGCCAUCAGUGGCCGCCAAUCCUUUUACCGCCUCUUUUGCUCAUCACUUAUCGGCCGCGUCUGACUCAGUGGCGGCCGAAUUGGUCCGAAACAAAGUAGUGGACAGCAGUGCCUUCUGUAAGAACUCAUCGUCGAUGUCGACGUCGAGCAGUAGUCCCCGUCCCGGGCCUUCUUGUCGUAGUCUCCAUACGCCUCCAUCGCAACACCACAUCCAUAGCAAUAGCAAUAACACUUCCCCGACAGGCAGUAGUGGACGGGCAGCGAACACACCACCGGUUAAUGAGCGCCGCAAAGAGCAUCACACCCGGAGCCGAAACGACACGUGUGAGUAUUGCGGCAAAGUCUUCAAGAAUUGCUCCAACCUUACGGUCCACAGGCGCUCACAUACGGGCGAAAAGCCCUAUAAGUGUGAAUUGUGUUCAUACGCCUGCGCCCAGAGCUCCAAACUGACCCGACAUAUGAAAACUCACGGCCGACUCGGCAAAGACGUCUACAAAUGCCGGUUCUGUGAAAUGCCUUUCUCUGUGCCGAGUACUCUGGAAAAGCAUAUGAGAAAGUGUGUCGUCAACCAGAAUAGCUCCGGACUCCCCGUCGGCGUCAACAGCGAGCUCGCACUCAUGGCUCUACACCACACACUAUCCAACACCAGCACCGGUAGUAACGACAAAGACUCGGACUCCAAUCCGAUGAUAUCGUAA